CAGCCACUGAAGGUGAAAACUAUGAAUGGCGCACACUUGAUAACGAAUACACUCAAUGCGGUAAUGAACUUGUCUGCUUUGGUACCAUGUCCGGAGAGGAUAUUGUUGCGGACGUAUUGGCAGUCAAUUAAAAUUCAAUUUAAGAUGGGGAAGUGUUCUUGAAAUCUGAUACUUGCAUUAAACACCGCUCAAAUCUUAGACUCGCUACAUGUCUACUUUUUGCAUAACAAUAUAGAUCCCUUAGAGCAUUUUUAAGACAUUGAAAAUUUAAUCCAAGAAAAUUCUGAAAAACAAAAGUGCCAGAAAAAAAAAGAUUUUUUAAGUAACACCUGAAAAUUUUCAAAUGAAAUGAAUUGAAUGAAAUCAGUCCUCGACCGCCAAAGUAAUCGGAAUCGUGCCAUAAAAAAGUAUGAUCACAUAUUUAAAAGAAUGUCUAGCACUACUAAGAAUUUUGCCGAAACUUUAUGUGCAAUUCUGAUGACUGAUAUACUUAUGGGUACCGAAAUUAUUCCAUAUAAGUCUUUGUAAAUUUCGCACGAAAUAAAGAGUCAUGAACUGAAAAACUGAGCGAGAACUCAGCGAUUCGAAACGUCGAUUUUGAUAAACCCUACGGAUGUAUAAAAGCACUACGCGCCCACGGGAACGCAUUCAGUUGUGCCAGUGACUUACUAUGUGUCAAUUUAGUCGACAAUUAGUUUUGCAAUUAAUAUUAGGUAUGGCAUUUGGCCAUACUUAUGGGCAACAAAUGUUCGAGCGUAUUGUCGACGGCAGUGCGGUGACGCAACAGAGAUAUCCUUAUUAUGUGCGUCUGCACUAUUAUGGAGAGUUCUCUUGCGGCGGUUCGUUGGUGCGGAAUAAUGCUGUACUCACGGCAGCACACUGUGUCAAUGGCAUAAAUAUGGAGGAGCUGCGCGUACACGCGGACACCAUUAAUUUGGGCGACACUGGAGUGGUUAGAACAAUCAAGUACGCGGUAAUUCCAAAAGAAUACGUUAUGGCGAAAAUAAAUUAUGAUUAUGAUGUAGCGGUGUUGAUACUCUCCUCUGCCAUACCGAGUGCAUCGGUGAUACCAUUGGAUAAAAGCGCGGUCACUGCCGGUACGAGUUGCCUGGUUAUUGGUCAUGGUUACACCAAAGAAAACGGCGACCUCUCAGAACAAUUGCAAGAGAUCCACGUACCUAUCAUGAGUCGAGAAGUUUGUCAGCACAAAUAUCGCGGUAUCCGCGUAAUUACACAAUCUAUGAUGUGCGCUGCGGAACGGGAUAACAAACACGCACCCUGCAAAGGUGAUUCUGGCGGUCCGAUGAUAUGCAAUGGUAAACAGGCUGGCAUUGUUUCGUGGAGCGUGGGUUGUGGGCGUGUCGAAUAUCCGACCGUUUACACAGAUGUUAGCAAGGUGUAUAGUUUCAUUGAAAAGGCACUUAAAAUGUAUGCGUAAGCAGGAAGUGGAGCAGAAUUAUAUGUUUUUGCAAUAAGUACUGUUAUCUUUGCUUGACUUAAUGCUAUUACGAUUAAAGAUAUUGCAAUUAUUUAAAUGUAGUUAUUUAUAAAAAUUAUAAUCUAAAAUUUUGUAUAUAUUGUACAUAUGAAUGUAUUAUAAAUGGUUUCGUAUGCCGGAAACAAAACUAAGCACAAAUCAGGUAAGCCUUGACUUUUACUACCGAAAAUGUGGUUAUUCGAAACUGUCGGCUUUUUGGAGCCAAAUUUGAAAUUUCAAAAGUUAAUUUACAUUCUGACAAACAAGAAACUGAUUAUGAGGAUAUCAAUUUAUUGGGUUGACUUUAGUCGAUAUAUUAGUCAAUUAAUGGCCAUUAUUUUUUGAGCAUAAUGAGAUUUUUGUCCAGUGAGUUUAAAAUUACGAUAUUACAGUCGCAGGCCUGUUUCAUUAGGGCUAACAGAAUAUCCCUGGCGCCAAGUAAAUGAAAACUAUUUAGAAAACAAAAGCUGGGAAGUUUUGCCUUAAUCGCACUAUAGCCCAGACCUUGCCCCUUCUGAUUAUUUGUGUGGUACGCCCUCCCUGGACGGUUCCCGUCAGAACAUGGUGUCAAGGGCUCCAAUAGCGAAGACAAAGUGCUCAUUUUGUUUGUGAGGUACGAUUAUGACUUAAAGUAUUGUAUAAAAUGGUUUCGGGAGCGCAGGAGGUUAAUUGCCUAGAAGUUCAUUCUGUAAAAAAAAUAUUCUAUAACUUUGUUCUAACGGCAGUUGAUACUGAGAUCACAUUUGAGAGCGUAAAAACUAAAUAAAUGUAUGUGUCAUGUGUGUUAUAUAUGUGUACAGUUGCGGUCAAAAUCUCAGUAGUGUGCAACCGUAAAAACGAACUGUUAAAAAGUAUGCGAUAUCGCCUUUAUAAAAAAAAAACAGUAAGUGAAACAAAAAAAACUAAUUUCAAUGAAUUAUACUUAAAUAUAUCAAUAAAAUUUAUGAGGAAGUUUGACGGCCAAUAACCUGGUAGUGUAACAUACGUAGGCUGCUAUAUAUAUUUCUGGACUAGGCAACACUAAGUGUUGCCAGGUGCAAUCUGACAUUUCCAUUGGAAAGUUUGACAUUUUUUAGCAUAACAUCACUCAGAACGUUUUGUCAUUUAAUCGUGAAUUGUUUUAUUUACAGGGAAUUAAAAAAUUCAUCUCGGCCAAAAAAUGAAUUAACUCGUGAACAUUUUCGUGCGAUCAUUUUUCACAACUUUCGACGUGGAUUAUCACGACAAGAGUGCAUCGAUGAACUAAAAUCUUUGUAUGGCUAUGAAGCACCAUCCUAUAGCACUGUGAAAAACUGGUACAACGAAUUCAAUCGUGGCCGACGCUCGCUCAAAGACGAAUUCCGUGAAGGUCGUCCAAAAACAGCCGUUGUGCCAGAAAACAUCGAUGCCGUACGUGAACUGAUAAUGCAAGACCGUCAUGUAACAUACCCUCAGAUAGAGGCAUGCCUAUGCAUUUCUCCUACCAGCAUACAUUCGAUAUUGCAUGAACACCUGGCCGUAAAAAAGGUUUGUUCUCGUUGGAUCCCGCACAAUUUGACAAUCGCUCAAAAAAGGCUCGUGUGGAUUGGUGUAAAGAAAUGCAAAAAAAAUACGAUCGCGGUGCUUCAAAAGACGUUUAUAAGAUCGUCACAGGUGACGAAUCAUGGAUCUAUGCGUAUGAGCCCGAAACAAAACAGCAAUCGACCGUGUGAGUCUUCCAAGACGAGCCAAAUCCAACGAAAAAAAAAAACAUUUUCGUUGAUAAAUAUGAAUAUUUUCAUCAUUAGGCCAGAAAUAUAUAUAGCAGCCCUCGUAUUAAACCCGAAAGUAAAAUAUUAUUUUUUUAUUUCUUUUUCAAAAUGGAUGUUGUUUUUUUUUAAUGAAAUUACUUAGUAUUAAGUUGCGGAAUCUUAAUUUUCUGGUAUUGCAGCACAGCGUCGUGGCUUUGAGUCAACGAGUUUUUGGCAUCUUUCGUUGGAAAUAGACCCCCAUGCGUUCUUCACAGUCUUCCACAGCUGGGUGGUUGAUGUCGGCUUACAUCUUGCUAUUGCCGCCUUGACAUCAGUCCACAAAUUUUGGAGUUGAUAGCUGGGGACUUUAGCAGCCAUUCCAUUACCUUUACAUCCCUUUCCUCAAACCAUCUUUUAGCAACUUUACUUGUGUGCUUGGGAUAUGACACAUGGUUUUCACAAGUAUUUCGACAUACGAAUCACAAGUCAUGUUUUCUUUAAUUCAAUGAAUCGGUCCUUUACCUUGCCAAAAAAGGCAUGACCAAACCAUGAUACUCGCAUUUCCAUGAUUUACCGAUUUUGUUGUAUACUAAACUUCGGCUGGUAUAAGGGUAUGGUAUGACGUCUUACAUAUUGACGCGAUUCCUUUCCGCUAUACUUAACAAUCUUCGAUUCGUCCUACCAUAAAAUGUUCCGCCAUUUUGUCGGAGACCACUUUAAAGGGUCUUUGGCGAAUCGAAGUCUUUUUUCAACUUGCGUUUUAGACAAUAACGGCACUUUUCUUGGACUGUGGGCACUCAUGUCGUGAUCGCGUAAAAGUCGGUGUACAGUUUCAAUAAUUGCAGCUACAUACAUACAUACAUUAAAGGCAUCUUUUGACAAAAGAAUCGAUUUAUUUCGCUGACAUUGCUGGCUUUUUUCCAUGUUUUUUAUUACUUGGUUAGUACUUGAUAGCGUUACGUACCAUUGUGAGCAACCAAAAAUAUUUUGGAUUUCGACAUAAGUUUUGCCUACAGAAACCAAUUUUUUUAUCAGAGUAAAGUUAGUCGGAUGUUUGAAAAUCCUGAUGUUAGUUAUAUAGGGACAAGGCCAUGUUUUCGCUCAAAUUUAUCUAUUUUAUCCACAAAGAUACACUGUUGUGAAUAAAACACGCUCUCUUUUUUCAUUGGAAUAACUCACAUAUUGGCCGAUAUAUGUGGUACAAAGUCAUCCCGAAGUUUGAAAAUAUUUAUAUUAAAUAAUGGUUUGUCAAAAAAGUCUUGCGGUAUUUUUAUUGAAUUUUUUUUUUUUUUUAUUGAAAUUGAAAUGAAAUUUUGAUAACUCAUGCCCAGCUCUUGACCGAUGCUACGGCUGCUACUAUGCCGGUCUCUUUCGACCAAUUCAGCGAUUUUAUCGCAAUUUUCGACGACAGGCCUUCUGGAGCGUGGCGCAUCUUCGACCACCUCUACACCAGAACGAAAACGUUGAAACCAUCGUU